AUGGCUUCUUCUUCCAUUCCCUUGGAAAGUGGUGAGGUCCAUGUUAUUGUGGGUCCCAUGUUCGCUGGCAAAACCACUUCCCUUCUUCAUCGUAUCAAAUCCCACCUUAACUCUGGCAGGAAUGUUGCCAUGUUAAAGUCGAGCAAGGAUACGAGAUAUGCAAUUGAUUCGGUUGUGACGCAUGAUGGGGUCAAGUUUCCUUGCUGGGCAUUACCGAAUCUGUUGUCUUUCAGAGAUAAUUAUGGCCAUGAUGCUUAUCUAAAGUUGGAUGUGAUUGGUAUAGACGAGGCUCAAUUUUUUGAUGAUCUGUUUGAGUUUUGUUGCAAAGCUGCUGAUGAAGAUGGUAAAACUGUAAUAGUUGCAGGCUUGGAUGGUGAUUACUUAAGGAGAAGCUUUGGCUCAGUGCUUGACAUAAUUCCACUUGCUGAUUCGGUGACCAAGUUGACAGCACGCUGUGAAUUGUGCGGCAAACGUGCUUUUUUCACAUUGAGGAAAACACAAGAGACUCAGACUGAACUGAUUGGUGGGGCUGAUCUCUACAUGCCAGUAUGUCGCCGUCACUAUGUGAACAGCAAAGUUGCUGUGAGCAGUGUUUUGGAAUCUCAGAAUGUUAAAAGUGAAUCCCUUCGUGAGGCAGCUCCAAUUGUUUAA